CAACAUAAAGUGGGAUUAAAAUUCCGUCGCGGUUCUUGGUAAGGAAACAAAAAAGGCGAUCGUCAUGAAUCACACGCGACCAAAUCGCCGUGAAGUUUCAACAUAUUAUAACGGGGUAAUUGAUAAUAAUAACAGCGUCACGCGUGUUAAGUGAAUCAUUUAAAUCGAUCGUUGUUCAGUUUAUCGUGCAAUCGGUCGCGUUCGGAGUGCCUUUGGACCGUGACGUAUCCGACUUAACAAAAACAGUCGCAGCAGUUGAAGUUUGCAGCGAACGAGCUUUUCCUUUUAAUACUAUGCAGCUAAAAGUUGUCCGCAACCAGUGUCAGUCGUUACCAAGAAUCCGUUACCAUUAUGGGUGACACAAGUCCCAACUUUAGAAGCGCUCUCCAGUUUUUCAACAGCCUCGAUCGAUCGAGACACAGUCCUCUAAUUCCUAGAAGAAACGCUAGCAAUUUUGAGGUUAAUCUGAAAUUGAUCGUCGACAACGCCACUGUCACUAGUAGCAGCUACAAUGUGAAAAAAUUUAUUCCACGUGCAAAAUUAAUCAAAGUGGAUGAAUUUGUGAAAAACAAAUUCAAGAGUAUCUCUAGCCAGGAUUACACCAAAUUGCCUGAUGGAGAUGUGCGGGAACAAACAGGCGUCAAACCUAAAGUGCCUCCGAGGCCCAGCAAGCUCCGGCUGCAACCGGAUGUGGUACAAGUGGUCGGAAAUUCAUCAGAUAAUCAGUUACUGGACGGGUAUCGUGAUCCUAAAGAUCAGCUGACGCCGGAUAUAGAAGCGAAACAAAUAUUUGAGGCCUUCAAAAAGGAAGUCAGCCCGUAUAAUACGUUCGAAAUUCCAGUGGAUGCGUUAGAUAGUGAUUUUUUUAAACAAACUUUGACGAUAGUGGGACCGACCGCCGAUACUGGGAAGAGUAUCAGAACUUCCUCCGUGAAAAGCCAGACAUCAACCUAUAGAAUACCAGAUCAAGUUAAGAGAAGCGAUGCGUUUCUCGAACCAUAUCUCCAAGGUCUCAGCGACCGCCACAGUCCGCCUGACAUAGCGGCCCCAAGUCCAUCCCCGCCACUAUGUAGAGGAGCUAUUCCACACCCCGUCGCAUCUCUAUCGGGGUCAGUUUCUAGAGAGUCAUUGGUGUCGUCACAUGGCGGAGGCUCGGAUGCGAGUAGCGAAGGCAGUGAAGAGGGAUAUGGUGCCACAUGUGACAUCAGCCUUAUGGAACGCCUUGUGCUUUCCCACCCUAUUUGGUUUUUGCCGGGAAUUCAACGGGCUGGUGCAUUUCAUUUACUUCAGGGCAAAGAGGAAGGUUGUUUCGUAGUUAGAAAAUCGUCUCAAUCAGAUACCAUGGCGUUAUCCGUUCGCUUACCCCCAGAUAAAGGUCCUUAUAUCGAACAUUAUCUCAUCCAUUCCUCGGAAGGGCGUCUGGGCUUAGAAACCAGCGAAAAUCGGUUCGUCGAUAUGGCAGCUCUUAUAGCUCACUAUUCGAGUUGUUGUGACGAAUUGCCUGUACAACUAGCGUUACCCAAGACGAUUAGGGAAUCCAAGAGCCGCCAACAGCUGUCAUCCUUAGCUCUUUUGGGGCAGGAAUUUUGGCGUUACAGUCCGCCUCCUUCUACGGCAUCCAGUCCGGACGCCGAUUUAGUGCUCAACUUGAACCCGCUAAUGACUACAUUUAAGCAAGCUGAACCUUCUACUCCCAUGCAAUCAAAACCAGCGCGACCAAAUACUCUUAAUCUCUUGAAUAAAAAUGAUCCGAAAUCUGAGAUAACGAGAAGUAUGUCUUCGCUUAAGGGCGAAUUGGUGUCAAAAACGCCGCCACCACCACCACCCCGAUGGUCUAAGCCGUCGACCCCUCAACAGAAUAACUUUACUGUAACAACCACAGUAACGUUUAGUGUAAAUUCUCAAAGUCCUAAUAACGAGAAACCGUUACCAUCAAAAUCAGAGGCAGAGGCGACACAAGGUGAUUCGAAAAGAAUAUCGCCGCAGGGCCAGUCUAAUUCAACAAUUUCCUCCAGGGGCGGAAUUAGGCAUCAAGUAAUGUCCCCUAACUCUGUGUUAUCUCCAAGUUCGGAUGUCCUUUCGCCAGAUACUUUGUCACCACUUUCUGUAAGCAAAGGAACUAGACAAAGUAAAAGAACGAAACAAAAGAUCUCAAAACAUUACCAGGAAAGUGAUAUCGUAGAUUCUCCAACCAUGCACUAUUACAAAAGCGGACUCGGUGAUAAAAUAAGCGAUUAUGAAGAUGUCUGGACUAAUGAAGGAAACCUUAUAAACGCAAAAAAUGCCAAUCCGAACUUUGCUUCUCCGGAUUUAUUGCAGCAUACUCCAGCAAAUGAUACCACUAGACAUAUUGUUUCUCUAAAUAAUAAUGUAUUAAGUCCAACUGACUCAUCCCAUAAUGGUUCAUCUCAUCGUAGUGUUUGUAGUACUCCUAUACAGAAUAAUUUGAAUAAAGCAUCACUAGUUCAAUUGCCUUUGGCUGAUACAAACGCAUCGCAGCAAGCAUCAGAACUUCCGAGUCCACAUACACCUAAACAACAGAGUCCAUUUUACGCAGAGCCGGCAGAUUCCUUAUCUUCAAUUAAUCAAAUUCCUAAUAUACCUAGAAGACAAAUAGCAAGACCUGCUCCUGGUAUACCUACUCAGCACAGGCAUUCCAACCCUCCAGCAUUAUCUUCAGCAAAAGUUCUAAGUACUGGAUUAGAAAGGGUUGAUGAUUCAGGUGAAUUUAUUGGAGGAAUGAUGUCUUCGUCUGUGGACAAUCUGAGUCCUAAACAAAGAUUCAUGGGUUUAAGAAAACCAGAAGUUAAACCUGUACAACCACCGUUAAUAAGGCCCAUGAUAAAUAACAAUGAAAGUUGGCAGAUUGAUAACAGCUGGAAAUUCGUAACAGCUGAUUGUGAUAUACCUCAAGAAUCUACUGAACCCGACUAUGAUUCCGAUUGGCCGACCAUACCAAAUUUAUUAACCUCUUUGGAAACUUGUACUCCGGAUCCAGACGAACGGACAACACUGCAAGAUUUAAUCUCAAAGCGGUUUCCCGAUAUUAGGGCGUCAGCACUUGGCAUGGAGGAUGACAGAUGCCGGAUAUCAGCUUAUGACAAUGUUGAAGAUAGAAGACCGCCUAGAGCGCCUCCGUCCGAAAUCAGUGAACUGACUGAAUUUUCUGAACCGUGGGCAGAGAUUUGCCAAGGCACAACGGAAACGGACGAAUCGUAUUCGGAAAAUUUGACCCCGACAAGUAUAAAAGUGUCUUCAUUAAACAAAUCAAAAAGUUUUAGAGACAGACUAGACCCUUUACUUUCUGCUCCUCGAGUUGAAGCGCUGCGAAACAGGGAGCCGGGUGGACCAAAAACUGUGGGCUUGGCAAUAAGGACCUACGCCUUGGAAUUAGCUCAAGAUAAAUCGACAACAUUCGCUCAAAACGUAGAUAAUUUCAUUGCCUGCACUUGCGAAUCAAAAGAGACCAACCCUCAGGUUGUGAUGAGGAACAUGCGACAGUUUAUGAAUGGAAUGAAAAACUAUUUAGUUAAGCACGGCGAGAAAGGAUUUUAUAAAGAAAUUGAGAGAGAAAGGAAUAAGUUAAAGUCAACUGAAUUUCUAAAUUUGGAUUCGAUUUUGGAGGGAGUUAUGCAUAAACUAGUAGUGAAGCCUCUAAGGAAUCACCUGCAAAAAUUGUUUUUGGAUCACUACACUAAAACCGGAGCCAUCAAGUUACUUGCUGACAAUAUUCAAUACGCUUCUACGCGUCCCAUUCACGAAUUAGCCAUUAAGGCCAAGCUGGCGCUUCCUCCUGAAAAUGUAUUAAACAAAAUAUCACAGUAUUUGCAUAAGUUGCAACAAGCAGAUUCGCCAUUGGAAAAACUUGAAUAUCUAUUGGCAGCCAUUGCCCUUAUUUUCAACACCGUAAAAUCCAAUCAUCAGAUUGGCUCAGGCAGAUCGUUUCAUUUAGGAGCAGAUGAUUUUCUCCCACUGUUCGUGUGGGUUCUGGUAAAAACAAAUUUUGUAGCGGCCGAAAUAGAAUCGGAAUACAUGUGGGGUUUACUCCAUCCCUCAUUAUUGUCGGGCGAGGGAGGAUACUACUUGACUACACUGUCCUCGGCUGUGCACGUACUUAAAAACUUUAAGGAAGGUUGUCAAGAAAAUGUGAACAGUCACGUCAAAAAUGAGUCAGUACUAAAAGUCGUCGUUCCUGAUGAACUUCACGGGUCAAUAUUAACGAAAACUUUACCGGCAAGACCACACAUGACUACCAAAGAAGUUUGCAAAAUAAUAGCGCACAAAGCCAGAAUUACUAAUCCCCAAGAUUACGCGCUUUACAGGUUAACGGAUGGUGAAGAAACCAUACUGUUGGACAAUGAAUGUCCCCAAGACUUUAUAAAAGAAGGAAGACAUACUAUGCUCGCAUACAAAAGAAUCGAUGCGAAGAUAGCGUGGCCAACCCAAGACAAGCUGAACAUCUAGUCACUUUCGGUUUCUGCUUGUCUAGUACUCCUUUAUAUACCUUUGUAAAUAUUUCGAAUUAAGCCGGAUAUAAUUAAAUCAAAGUGUAACUUGUCAUUUUAGUAAUAACUUUUUGAUAUAAAUGUUUUUUGUACUUUGUACUUGUAGCCUAGCUGCAAUAUUUAUUUGAAUCAAAUACUACUGUGAAUUGUCAUUUUAACAAUAUAUUUUAUUUAUUUGAAUUUUGUACUAAAUAAAGCUAAUAUAUUCUUGAAUUAU